AGGAAGAAUUGAAACGGCUAGAGAGGAAAAUAUGGGGACAGCACGUGUUAAGCUAGCUACCCUAUGCUAUUGCUUGUUCUCCUUCUUGGCAGCUGAGGCCAAAUUUCCGAGCCCGCCUCCUCUGAAAGUAGGGUUCUAUCAAGACAAAUGCCCAUCGGCCGAGUCCAUAGUUCGUCGGACGGUUCAUAAGUUCGUGGCUAAAAGCCCUGGAUUUGCCCCUGGACUCGUCAGGAUGUAUUUCCAUGACUGCUUUGUGAGGGGCUGCGAUGCUUCCGUCCUCCUCGACUCCCUCCCAGGCGCCCCAGCCGAAAAGGACUCUCCGGCGAACAAUCCGAGCCUCCGAGGCUUCGAAGUAAUCGAUGAAGCCAAAGCGAGGCUGGAGUCCAUCUGCCCCUCUACCGUCUCUUGCUCCGACAUCCUUACCUUUGCCGCCCGUGACGCUUCCCUGAUUGCAGGUGGUAUCAAUUACGCCGUCCCCUCCGGCCGACGCGAUGGCAGAGUCUCCCUAAUCGACGACAUUCCCCAAAACCUCCCUCCUCCUAACUUCAAUGCUGACCAACUCAAAGAAAACUUUGCCCGAAAAGGACUGACACUCGAUGAAAUGGUCACUCUAUCAGGGGCCCACUCAUUCGGCGUCUCCCACUGCUCGUCCUUCGCAGACAGGCUGUAUGGAUUCAAUGCGACACACCCGCAGGACCCUUCACUGGAUCCGCUGUUCGCGUCGUUCUUGAAGCAAAGAUGUCCGAGGACCGUUGGGGGUGCAAGUGAUCCGACAGUGAUGAUGGAUUUGAUUACGCCGAACAGGCUAGACAACGCGUUCUAUGUGAACUUGGAGCGUCGUCGGGGGUUGUUUGGGUCGGAUCAGAUGCUGUAUGAUAGUGAGCUGACGAGGAGGGUGGUGGAGGAGAACGCGAGGAGAGCGGGGGUGUGGGGGAAGAAGUUCGGGAAGGCGAUGGUGAAAAUGGGGGCGAUCGAGGUGCUCACCGGGAGGCAGGGGGAGAUUAGGAGGAAGUGUAAUGUUGUUAAUUGA